AUGGGGGGAUGGAAGGACGACCCGUCGCCGUCCCCGUCGUCGUCGCGGCGCGCGCCCGACGUCGACCGCGCCAAGCCGUUCGCGCCGUCGCGUCGCGACGGCGCGGCGGGCGGGGACUGGAGAGACGCGAUGCGCGACGUGAAGCGCGCGGCGAGCGCGAGCGGCGCGAGCGCGAGGGACGAGCUUCGUCGCGCGACGCGCGCCUUCUUCGACGCCGCGUCCGGCCGCGCGCACCCGCCGCUCGGGGACGCGAAGCCGAGCGAGAUCGCGGCGGACGUCGUCCUCCUCGCGCGCGCGAUCAACGCGAGCGACGCGUCGUCGCCGUCGCCGUCGUCGUCGCCGUCGCCGUCGCCGCCGCGCGAUGCGUUCGACGCGCUGCUGACGGAUCUCCUGAGCGCGGGGAGUCCGUCCGCGGGGAAGGUGGCCGUCGACGCCGAGACCGUCGCCGCGCUCGGGGCGUACUACCGCGGCGUCCUGUCGUCGCCGUCGUGCGCGCCGUCCACCGCGGACGACGCGCUGCGCGUGACGACGUUGCUCCUGCAAGAGGGCGGCGCGCACGUGACGCCCUCGGAGGAUCGACCCUGA